CAAACCCGCCCGCGACCCCCGGGGCUGGCGGGGACCCCCGGGGGGGGGGCGCGGGGCUGAAACCCCCCCCUCAUCCCCACCCAUCCCCCACCCAGCCAGGCCCGCCCGGCCGCGACCCCCCAACCCCCCCCGGAACAGCCCCCCCAUGGGCCCGCGAUGGAGGUGAGGGGUCACAUCCUCCCCCCCGGCACCUACAGCCCCGCAGGGGUGCCGUCCCGGCUGCAGGAGCUCCGCGAGCGCCAGCGGGGGCUGCGUCAGGCGCUGGGGCUGCGCCUGCGGGAGCUGCGGCGCCUCUGCCUGCAGGAGGCCGAGCUGACGGGGCAGUUGCCCCCCGAGUACCCCCUGGAGCCCGGAGAGAGACCCCAGCCCCCCCCCCGGCGCCGCUCCGGGGCCCCCCCGCGGGAACCCCCCCCCGAGUGGCCCCUGUACCCCGACGGUGGCUCCCGUCCCCCCGUGUGUCACAGGGGCACCCCCACGUCCUGCGGGUCCCCACACGCUCUGGUGUCCCGGGCGCGGCGGGAGGCGCAGGCCCAGGUGCAGGUGCAGGCGCAGGUGCUGGAGGCCGCGCGGCGCCUGGCGGCCGUGCCGGGGCUCCCUCCCGAGCAGCGGCGGCGCCGCAGCUCCAGGCCGAGGCGGCGCCAGAGGCUGCGGCAGCUGCGGGCCCAGCUCGGCACCCCCGGGCACGAUGAGAACGGGUCCCUGGGUGACCUCCCUGCGCUGGAGAACGGUGCCCCGCCCCCCCCCAAGCCCCCCCCGGUUGGGCCUGGCCGCCCCUCCCCCCCCCGGGGGGGCUCGGGCAGCCCCGAGCGCCGGCCCCUCCCCCCCUGGAGCCCCGAGGGCCCCCCCGGGCGCCGCAGCUCCUUGGCCACCCCCGCCAGCCCGGCGCGGACCCUGCCCCGCAGCGCCUCCAGCCUCGAGGGCCGCAGCGUCCCGGCCACGCCCGUGCUGGGCCGGAGCCCCCGCGGGACCCCCCGGGAACGCCCCGAAGCCCCCCGGGGUUUGCCCCCCCGGCCCUGGUCCGGCAGUCAGGACUCUCAAUUGGGGGGGGGUCCCCACUCCGCCCAUCCCCCCUCCCAUCCUGCCCCCCCCACGCCCAUCCCCCCCCCCACCUCUCCGGCGCCCCCCCCCGCACAGCCCCCGGCGCAGCAACAGCUCCGAGGCUUUGAUCGACUGGGGGGGGGGGGAGGCUCCGAGACCCCCCCCACGGGGCUGCGCGGGGCGGGGGGGGGGGGGGGGUCCCCAAGGUGUGGGUGGGGGGGCGGCCCCCCCUGCCCCCCCCGCCGCCUCCUCGCUGGAGCAGCGGCGCAGCCAGAAGUGGCUGGCGCUGGAGGGGCUGCGCGAUUGGUACCUGCGCCACACCGGGACCCCCCCCCGCAACAACAGCAGCGCCCCCAACCCCGCCUGGGCCCCCCCCCCCGCGCCGCCGGGACCCCCCCCCCCGCCGCCCCCCCCCCAGCGCUGCCGCACUCGCUCAGCUACGCCGGGGCCCUGGCGGCCAGGUACGGCUACGGGGGGGGCAGGGGCGGCCCGCCGUGGUGA